CACCAGGUGCUCCGCAUCUCUGCUGCCGAUGAAGCCCAGGUACAGAAGGUGAAGGUGCUGGAGGAGCUGGAGCACUUGCAGCUGGACUUCUGGCGGGGCCCUGCCCAGCCUGGCUCCCCCAUCGAUGUCCGAGUGCCCUUCCACAGCAGCCAGGCCACCAAAGUCUUCCUGGAGGCCCAUGGCAUCAGCUACGAGACCAUGAUUGAGGACGUGCAGUCACUGCUGGACGAGGAGCAGGAGCAGAUGUUCGCCUUCCGGUCCCUGGCCCGCUCCACCGACACCUUUAACUACGCCACCUACCACACCCUGGAGGAGAUCUAUGACUUCAUGGACUUACUGGUGGCCGAGCACCCGACACUUGUCAGCAAGAUCCAGAUCGGCAACAGCUAUGAAGGCCGUCCCAUUUAUGUGCUGAAGUUCAGCACCGGCGGGAACAACCGUCCUGCCAUCUGGAUCGACACGGGCAUCCAUUCCCGGGAGUGGGUCACCCAGGCCAGCGGGGUCUGGUUUGCAAAGAAGAUCACGCAAGACUACGGAAAGGACUCGGCCUUCACCACCAUCCUUGACAACAUGGACAUCUUUCUGGAGAUCGUCACCAACCCCGAUGGUUUUGCCUACACCCACAGCAAGAACCGCAUGUGGCGCAAGACUCGAUCCAUCACGUCGGGCUCCCUCUGUGUUGGCGUGGACCCCAAUAGGAACUGGGAUGCGGGAUUUGGGCUGCCUGGAGCCAGCAGCAACCCUUGCUCUGAGACUUACCAUGGCAAGUAUGCCAAUUCCGAAGUGGAGGUCAAGUCCGUUGUGGACUUCGUGAAAGACCACGGGAACAUCAAGGCGUUCAUCUCCAUCCACAGCUACUCCCAGCUCCUCCUCUAUCCCUAUGGCUACAAGUCAGAUCCAGCCCCUGACGACGCCGAGCUGGAUCAGCUGUCCAAAGCUGCUGUGACAGCCCUAGCCUCUCUGUAUGGGACCAGGUUCACGUAUGGCAGCAUCAUCAAAGCAAUUUAUCAAGCCAGUGGAAGCACCAUUGACUGGACCUACAGCCAGGGCAUCAAGUACUCUUUCACCUUUGAGCUCCGGGACACCGGGCGCUACGGCUUCCUGCUGCCGGCCUCCCAGAUCAUCCCCACCGCCCAAGAGACAUGGCUGGCACUUCUGACCAUCAUGGAACACACCCGGAAUCACCCCUACUGAACUGGCCCUUCGGCACCCUCCUUUUCCUGCUCUCCUGCCCCACCCAGGCAACCAAAUAAAGUUUGGGCGUACGAGGAACAGAACCUUGGGGCUUGC